UCAUAGAUAUGUAGAUUGCACGGUUGGCGCGGUGGCUUGGCAACCUGCUGCCACGCAACGUGUAGCGGGUAAAAUUCUCGCACGGAGCAACUCCUUGUGUGAUCCACAAAUUGUUGUUUCGAGUCGGGGUGUCAUGUGUAUAUGAACUUGUAUGUUUGUAAACGCACCCACAAUACAGGAGAAAACCUAGUGUGAAAAAUAAUAGAUAUGGAUAUUUGGCAUCAUCUGACGACGAAUAAAUUUCACCACCUUGGCUCUUCCCGUGGGUGCCAUAAGAAUCGAUGAACCUGAGCGUGCUAUGCUCUGGUUUGGGCCUGGCUUGGCCUUCACCAGUGCUGGUGAAGCUCAACAAUGCCACGGAGACAGUACUCCCGAGGGUCAUCACAGCUGAGGAAGGUUCCUGGAUUGUCUCCAUCGGCUUCUUGACUGGAAUUGUAGCGAACCUGAUAAUAGGCACCUUCUUAAUAGACCGGUUUGGCAGAAAACCGUUCUUGAUCCUCAUGUGUCUGCCCAAGUUUGUGACUGGCUUCGUCUACAUAUACGCUACAGAAGUGUGGAUGUUACUCCUGGGCAGAGCCCUAGUAGGCAUAGCUGAUGCUGGAAUCUUUACCGUAUUGCCCAUGUAUGCUUCGGAAAUUGCGAGCAAAGAAAUCCGCGGCAGUCUGGGCACCAUCCUUCAAAUCAUGUGCUCGUUUGGCGUGGUCACCAUGCUGUCCAUGGGGCCCUUCAUAUCCUACACGACCCUGAACAUGAUCUACACUGGGUUCAUCAUAGGUACCACAUUGCCGUUGCUGAUACUACCUGAUGGACCUUAUUCCUUAUAUUCUAGAGGUCACAAAACAGAAGCACUGAAAGUCCUAACAUUCCUAAGAUGUUCAGAAGUACAAGCCAAAGAAGAACUAGCAGAAUUCGAAAAAGCUGACGAAAUGAACACAGAAAGCGUUUCCAAAAAGGAUAUUAUCAAAAACCGCAUGUUUUUGAAAUCAUUGACCUUAGUCCUGAUUUUGGGUUUAGGGUCCCAGUUUGUGGGUUUCAAUGCGGUUUCCUUUUAUCUGCAGACCGUUCUAGAGUCUACUCAGACCUCAGUUAGGCCUGAAAUAGCUUCAGUGACUAUUGGCCUGAUUCAACUCUUCGCCAGUUUCUGUACCACGUUGGUGACUGAUAGGUUUGGGAGGAAGCCUAUCUUGUCUGUCACUUGUGUUGGCAUGGGAUUGGGGAUGCUUGGGCUUGGACUGUUCUUCAAGCUGAAAGAAAAUGGAGCCGUGGAUGGUUUCAUGAACUAUGUGCCACUAAUUUCACUGAUACUGGUCGUAUUCUGCUACAGUGCAGGUAUCGGCUCCCUAAUGUGGGUGUUGAACGCAGAACUCUUCGACGGCCCAUCCAGAGGACUAGGGAUGUCCAUAUCACUGAUUGUAACAACCCUGUUUGUCUUUUUGACGACCAAAUAUUUCGCUAUAGUAUCCUUAUCGAUAGGACCAGCUGUCACAUAUUGGAUAUUUAGCAUCAAUUGUAUAUUAUUAUGUGCUUUCAUCAUGUUCUGUGUACCUGAGACGAAAGGUAGAAGUUUUGCUGAAAUCCAAGACAUUUUAAGAGGGAAGAAAGAUGAGAAUACUAAAUGCUGAAUUAGUUUUUAUUUUAGUUAGAUUAAGAUUGUUUUUUGCUGUCUAGGUUUUUUUUAUUUAUUGACAAAAUGUAAGGCUACAAUAUUGCGUUUUGAACAUGGAUUGUCUUGUACAUUGUACACGAUAUUGGAUUGAUUAGUGAUGACUAAAGGUAGGUAAGCAUCCACAGACCCGCAUCGUACGCAUUCCGUAUGACGUCAUCAGUACGCAUCGUAUGUAGGCAUUGCUGAUGAUGCGAUCCGUACGAUGCGGAUCAGUGAACGCAGUUGUUUGAGUCUAUACAAGACAAACUGAAAUCCGUUGCGUGCGAUGCGUACAAUGCGAGCCUGUGAACGCUAACCUUAAAAACGCAAGUAACGCACUUGUGUGUCUUAAGUUGUACGUACCUUACUAGGUAACUUUGGUAUGCAGGUGUCUGUGGACGGCACUACUAGGCUGUUCUACCUUUCAAUUUGAAAGAUCGAAGUGACCUCAAUCGCGGUCCACCGUGUCAUUGUAUGUGUGUAAUGUCGACCAAUGACGGUCGAGAAUGCCAUUGACAUUCGAAAGUUUGAAUUGAUAGCUACAAAGAGCCUAGCUGAUCACCAUGAAGUGAUCCGUCGUCUGCUCAUUCACCAAAAAAAAUGUUUAGUUUUGAUCCGUGGGUCAGAACGCAGUUCUGUAGCUUUACUCUAUCAACAGCCUAUAAGUGGCCACUGUUGACCAAAGGCCUCUUCUCAUAUUGCUCGUGGUCUUACAUAUUUAUUUAAGUUUUUAUUUAUUACAAUACAUAUUGUCCCAGUACCGUAAUCCUUAUUGUAAUCUCAUUGGAUGUUUUAAAAGUGAUAUCAUCUUAGUAUUUAUUUAUUUCCACUGGAAUACUACUAGUUUAUAAUUUAUGUUCUAUGGGGUUGAGUCGCAACCACGACUACCAAACUAGGGAUCACGGGGUAUAUAAGUAUAAUGUUAAAAACAUGACUGUUUUAAUAUUAUGGACAAGUAUGACUGUGUUUCUUACCGCCAUACUCAGAGUCAUUUAAUGGUUACUUAACCCAAUCCUUAGCAACUGUUUUCGAUCCAAAAUCCUUACUAAGGAAUAGUUUAAGUAAUCAUUAAAUGUCUCUAAGUACAGCAGUUAAUGUGUAAGUUUAAAUAAAAUUGUUAAAAAACUGUGAUAAA